AUGGAUCCUCAUGUCCUUGCUCCCGGGCGGAUGCACGGCACUCUCGUCCAUUCUUCGAGAGAUGACUUCCAGGCGCAUUGGGAGGGAAAAUCCUUGCAAGAUCCACUAGCAUUCAUCAGAUCUUUGACGUCCAACGCGUUGGACCUCAGCCACAGUUGCUUCAGCAAAGCCAAAAAGGGUCAAGUUACUCAGAGAAAUGAAUAUCCAGAUGAAGAGGAAUUUCUCAACGACAAUUCUGACCCCGAAUCAUCACUAGUUGAAUUUGAGAGCCUAGUGGAAGAAUUAGAACGAAAGUCCAACGAGCUUCGCCUUCCGUUGAGGGAAUUCCUGGCCGGUUAUUGGUACAGGCAUGUCAAAGACCACCUUCUGACGCCACAGGACAGCGAAGAGCAACAUAUUACGGGCGCAAGAAACAUUGGGAUUGGACUAGAGUUUUGUGGGCUCUCUGUACCGGAUUGGAUGGAGGUUUUGUUUGCACGAAAGGUGGAAGAAGCGGAAGAUGAAGACUUGGAAAGUGUGGACAUUGACUAA